AUGUGCGGCAUAGUCUUGUCGAGAAAAUGUUGGUACUGCCGCGACACCGUGAAUUUCCAUGGCCAUAAGGUGCCAUCCAUGGUUGAAUCACUUUUGAACCUUGAAUCUUCUGAUAAUGUUGGUGUGGUGGGAAUUUAUGAAGAUCCUAAAAUAGCCAAAAGUUACAUAACAAGAUUUGCUUUUGAGCUAUACUAUAAGAUCAAAUACAAGUUCAGAGCGGCAAGUUUUCUUGUUGAUGUUAGUAAACAGUUAAGGGUAAACACCGCUAAUGGCUUGGAAAAUCUCCACAAGGAGCUUCUUUCUGAUAUGGGUGUGGAAACCAUGCAGGAGUUGCAACGUAAGAGGGUGCUUCUGGUUCUGGAAAGGGUUGAUAGUGAACAGCAUUUGAAGUUGCUAGUGGAAAUGGGAGUAAGUGAUUGGUUUGGUGGUGGUAGUAGGAUCCUCAUAGCAACAGAAAACAGAAAUCUGUUUGAGGAUUGUCCUGCUGUGAUGAAUGGUGUUAAGCUUGAGAAACAUUGCAUACGUGAAGGUGAAUUGGUGAAGGAAAAGAUUGUGAAGGAGAAGAAGGUAGUGGGAUUUGUGAAAGAAUUCAUCGAUGUAAUUAAUCAACUGAAGGAAGAAGAUUCAAAUGGGAGGAGUGUUGUUUCAAUUGUCGGCAUGGGCGGGUCGGGCAAGACUACUCUUGCCCGAAUGAUCUAUGACAGCGAUGAGGUGACGAAGGUAUUCCCUUGCCGUGCAUGGGCAACUGUUUCCAAACAGUGCAUUGAAAAGGAAGUUUACAGAAACCUUCUCAAGUCUUUGAAGGUACCAAAAUCGAAAUAUGAAAAAUUAAGUAAAGAGGAGUUGAAGAAAAAGGUGAGAGAAUGUUUGAAUGGGCAAAGCGGGAAGUAUUUGAUAGUGCUGGAUGAUGUGUGGAACACUCAGGCGUGGAACAAGUUGGAGCAUCUUCUCCCAGAAAAGAAUAAUGGGAGCAGGAUAUUGAUGACUACGCGAAAUGAUAGGGUGGCAAACCAUGCAAUGUCAAAGGAACCUCACCAUCAACUUGGCCCUUUGGAUGAAGAAGAAAGUUGGGAAUUGUUCCGUAGCGAGGUGUUUGGUAGAGAAGAGUGUCCUUCUGAUUUAGAGUCUAUUGGUAAAUCAAUUGCCAAAAGUUGCAAGGGUUUGCCAUUGGCUAUCGUAACCAUAGCAGGGGUUGUCAAAAAGAGGAAGAGAUCAAAAACAGAGUGGGAAAGUAUUGAGAAAUUAAUUCCUCAUUGGUGCGAUGAUGAUGAUAUCGACAGGAUGAAGAAGAUAUUGAAGAUGAGCUAUGACGAUUUACCUAAGAAAUUGAAGCCAUGCUUUUUAUAUCUUGGGGUAUUUCUGGAAGAUUACCCGAUAAAGGUGAGGGAGAUAAUCAGACUAUGGAUUACAGAAGGCUUCAUACAGGUAAGAGAAACCGGAACAUCAAAGGCACCACCACAGCCUGAAGAUAUUGGUGAGGAAUACCUGAAGGAGUUAGUGGAUCGUAACUUGGUGGAAGUGGCAAGGAGGAGGAGGAGUGAUGGGGAAGGCGUGAAAACAUUUCGGAUCCACGAUCUCUUUCGAGAUCUGUGCAUCUCAGAGAGCAACAAGGAAGAUGAUGACAAUACAAAGAGCAAUAUUAAUUCUCGUAGAUUAUCCUUUACUGGCAACGCUAGAUCAUAUGUUUGUUCAGCAAAAUCUAAUCAGUCGACGAGCAUUUGUUCCUUAUUUGUUUGUGCAAUAGAUUUUGAUUGGUCAAGUGGUAUUCUGGAUAACACACAAUCAGUUAAUGUGCUAUAUGUUGACAUAUUUGGUGGUAGAGCACCUAGUAUGGAUUUGGAGGAGUUGAUCCACCUAAUGUACUUGAAAAUAGAUGGCCCACCUGAGGUACCCAUAAGAAUUGGUGAGUUUAAGCAGAUGAGACAUCUUCGUUCUCAAGGGUGUGUGCAGCUACAACUAGACAGAGAAGGAUCAAGAGACAUAUUACAGAAUCUCCAAAGCCUAUGUUAUGUGCGUGCUGAUUCAGUACUAGCAACCCUCAUCGAAAAUGGCUGCUUUCCCAACUUGAAAACAUUGGGUUUGGUAUUGUAUCCAGAGGACAAGCAAGGAGGAGGUAGGACUGAAGAACUAAGGAGGCUGCGUGGCCUAAGUAAUCUACACAACCUGAAAUUAAAGUUUGAUCACACGAAGCACAUUCAUUUGCCAGCACUUCCAAUUGACACAUUUGAAUUUGUGUCAAAGCUUACCAAGAUUACUUUGGUGAUCAGGGAGCAUGCACAAAAACUCUUGAUUGUGGUGAUGCUGGGAGUUUUCCGAAGCUUCAAGUGUUCAUGA